UCCUCUAUACCAAGGUCAGUGUGGUGCAUAGUGGAUUAGGAUACAUAUUCCGGUUUAUUUCCAUCACUUCAGUUGUUGUAGCUCUUGUGCUCUUCCAUUCCAAAAAAAAGGACAAUUUCAAGGGGUUUGAUGUUGGGAUUACUUACACCCUGCUACUUGGUGCCAUUGCCUUGGAUGUAAUUGCUCUCGCCAUGUUUCUUUUUUCCGAUAGGACUGUUGUUGCACUUCAUAAAUUACCUGAAAAUAAGGUUGAGAAUAUGCCUGAGGACACUUAUACUGAAGAAGAGCCAACAAAGUCUCAUGUCAGUUGCUUUAAUAGGCUUAUGCGACUCAUGAGGCGCAGGUGGUCUGAAUCUAUUUCAACUUACAACUUGAUAUAUUUUUGUUUGCAUCCACGCCGGUUAGUGAAAGACAAAUUGGUUGGCUAUUUGGGCCUUAGAAACUUUCUUGAUGGGUUGAAGUAUGUGGGAAGCAAGCCAUUCAAUGAUGAAUUAAGAGACCACAUAUUUGAUGAGCUGUUAGCAAAAUCUGAGAUAGCAGAUGAUUUAGAAACGGCCAAGGAGAUAUGUUCAUCCAGAGGUGAUUGGAUUCUUCGAGUCGAAAAUCGGGUCAAAAAUUGCAACCGCUUCCUCCCUUGGAUCCUUGACGUUGACUAUGAUGAGAGCCUUCUUCUGUGGCACAUCGCCACUGAACUCUGCUAUAAUACUGAUGAUGUCCACGAUCCAAACAAAGAUCCAUACAAGGAUCCAAACAAGGAUCGAAACGUGGAUGGAAACGAGGAACAAAAGAAGGAUUUUCGUAAAAUUUCCAAGCUCCUCUCAGACUACAUGCUGUAUCUUGUAGUUAUGCAGCCUACAAUGAUGUCUGCAGUGGCAGGUAUUGGGCAAAUACGAUUCCAAGAUACCUGUGCUGAGGCCAAGAAGUUCUUUGGAACAGGAAAUUUCAGAGGGAGACAGGAUGAGGCAAAUAUCUGUGAAGUUAUCAUUUACGUAAUUUUAAGUUUUUUCAAAUAUCUUCUUCUAUUUUUCAUUCUUCCUCCCAUUCUAAUUUUCAAUGCUGUUAAGAAACCCUUUGGUGGAGCAAAAGCAGAACAGGGACAGGUACUGCUUGAAGCCUACCCGUGUUAUCUCCGAGUCAUGAAAUUCUUUGGAAAAGAGAAAUUAGAUUGGGUUGAACAACAGAAAGAGGCCUGCAGAAAUAUCCUUGCUGUUAAUACAGAAGUAAAACCUGUUACUGUCAAGGGGGAUAGAAGCAAAUCUGUGUUGUUCGACGCAGCAAAUGCGCAUGCUGCACAACUGAGUAGUGGUGGACAGCUUAUCAGUGUGGUGUGGUUAUUGAUGGCUCAUCUUGGCUUGGGUGAUCAGUUCCAAAUAAAUGAAGGCAAUGCAAGGGCUAAACUAAUUGUGGAGAAGUAG